CAUUGUAGGAUACAGUGGGGCCGGAGCACUACGACCGGUUGCGGCCGCUGUCGUACCCAGACACUGACGUCAUCCUCACGUGCUUCAGCAUCGACUCGCCCGACUCCCUGGAGAACAACCCGGAGUCUGGGAAGCCGGGGGUACGUCACGUCUGGCCCAGCGUACAUGUCGUUCUUGCGGGGAUCGAAGGCCCCGUACACGCUGUCGAAGUUCGCCAAGGCGAAGAACAACAGGCAGCAGGAGCACUACGACCAGUUUCGGCUGCUGUCGUACUCAGAAACGGACGUCAUCCUCACGUGCUUCAGCAUCGACUCGCCCGACUCCCUGGAGAACAACCCGGAGUCUGGGAAGCCGGGGGUACGUCACGUCUGGCCCAGCGUGCAUGUCGUUCUUGCGGGGAUCGAAGGCCCCGUACACGCUGUCGAAGUUCGCCAAGGCGAAGAACAACAGGCAGCAGGAGCACUACGACCAGUUGCGGCUGCUGUCGUACUACUCAGAAACGGACGUCAUCCUCACGUGCUUCAGCAUCGACUCGCCCGACUCCCUGGAGAACAACCCGGAGCCUGGGAAGCCGGGGGUACGUCACGUCUGGCCCAGCGUGCAUGUCAUUCUUUCGGGGAUCGAAGGCCCUGUACACGCUGUCGAAGUUCGCCAAGGCGAAGAACAACAGGCAGCAGGAGCACUACGACCAGUUGCGGCUGCUGUCGUACUACUCAGAAACGGACGUCAUCCUCACGUGCUUCAGCAUCGACUCGCCCGACUCCCUGGAGAACAACCCGGAGUCUGGGAAGCCGGAGGUACGUCACGUUUGGCCCAGCGUGCAGGUCGUUCUUGCGGGGAUCGAAGGUUCCCGUACACGCUGUCGAAGUUCGCCAAGGCGAAGGACAACAGGCAGCAGGAGCACCACGACCGGUUGCGGCCGCUGUCGUACUCAGAAACGGACGUCAUCCUCACGUGCUUCAGCAACGACUCGCCCGACUCCCUGGAGAACAACUCGGAGUCUGGGAAGCCGGGUGUACGUCACGUCUGGCCCAGCGUGCAGGUCGUUCUUGCGGGGAUCGAAGGUCCCCGUACACGCUGUCGAAGUUCGACAAGGCGAAGAACAGCAGGCAGCAGGAGCACUACGACCGGUUGCGGCCGCUGUCGUACUCAGAAACGGACGUCAUCCUCACGUGCUUCAGCAUCGACUCGCCCGAUUCCCUGGAGAACAAGCCAGAGCCCGGGAAGCCGGGGGUACGUCACUUCUGCUCCAGCAUGCAUCUCAUUAUUGUGGGCGUCGAAGGCCGUACGUGCUGUCGAAGUUCGCCAAGGCGAAGAACAAGAUGCAGCUGGAGGGAUACAACCUGUUACGGCCGCUGUCGUAUCCAUACAUGGACGUCAUCCUCACGUGCUUCAGCAUCGACUCGCCCGACUCCCUGGAGAACAACCCGAAGUCGGGGAGGCCGGGGGUACGGAACGUCUGCCGCAGCGUGUACAGCGUGUACGGGGGCCGAAGGCCCCGUACACGCUGUCGAAGUUCGCCAUGGCAAAGAACAACAGGCAGCAGGACGGCUACGAUCUGUUGCGGCCGCUGUCUUACCCAGACACGGACGUCAUUCUCGCGUGUUUCAGCGUCGACUCGCCUGACUCCCUGGAGAACAACCCCAAGUGCGCUAGGCCGGUAGUACGCCACUUCGGCCCCAGCGUGCAUAUCAUUCUUGCGGGGAUCGAAGUACACGCUGUCGAAGUUCGAGGCAAAGAAGCACAAGCAGCUGGAGGAUUACGACCGGUUGCGUCCGCUGUCGUAUCUAUACAUGGACAUCAUCUUCACGUGCUUCAGCAUCGGCUCGCCCGACUCCCUGGAGAACAACCCGGGGUCAGGGAAGCCAGGGGUACGCCACUUCUGCUCUAGCGUGCACCUCAUUCUUGCGGAAAUCGACGUGCACGCUGUCGAAGUUCGUCAAGGCGAAGAACAACAGGCAGCAGGAGGGCUACGACCUGUUGCGGCCACUGUCGAUCGUGCCCGGACAUGGAUUUCAUCCUCAGGUGCUUCGGUAUCGACUCGCCCGACUCCCUGGAGAACGUUCUUUGAUAAGCUUUCGUAGUGUGGAACUUAAUUAGUGGGAUCAAGAAAAUUCGUUUAAUUGGGAAGAAGAGUAGGAUCGAGCAUUUUCCCGGGAAUGCGUCGAACUAAAGAUGUGCUUCAAAUGCCUCACUCCGCGUGUUAACUAGUGCUGUAAUGCGAGCACGUUGGUAUGGCAUCUUGGAGUACUAUUUUAGCGCACUAUGAGGGCGUUAAUAUUCACGCUUUCUGGCACGGUUAAUUACUGCGUUGAUCAUUGUAACUUUGCAUUGAUAAUGUUGAUUUUGCCAGUCCCAUUGUACUUAUUUGUUGUACUUAUUGGUUAUAAAUAAUUA